AUGGCUCUAGAGAAGUUCUUUGGCCUGUUCCCACUGCUAGUCCUGGUGCUGCUGGUGCUGGGGUGGGUCCAGCCUUCUUUGGGCAAGGAAACCUCAGCCAUGAAGUUCCAGCGACAGCACAUGGACUCAGACGGUUCCCCCACCAGCUCCACCUACUGCAACCAAAUGAUGACACGCCGAAAUAUGACACAGAGCAGCUGCAAGGCACUGAACACCUUUGUGCAUGAGUCCCUGGCAGAUGUCCAGGCCGUCUGCUUCCAGGAAAAUGUCACCUGCAAGAAUGGGCAGACCAACUGCUAUAAGAGCACUGCCAGCAUGAGCAUCACAGAGUGUCGUGUGACAAGUGGCUCCAAAUACCCCAACUGUGAUUACACGACCACCCAGAAAAAGCAGCACAUCAUUGUGGCCUGUGAGGGGAGCCCGUAUGUGCCAGUCCACUAUGACGCUUCUGUGUAG